ACCGCAGGAAACGGAAGUGUGUGAUCUUAACAUAACAUUCGAAGUUUGUUAGAUUGUGAGGCUUUUGUUUUUGUUUGCUUUUGUGUAGGUGACGAUGUAUGUUUAGUCACAUAACGGUCGAAUUAAUAUAAUUAUUUGGGAAUGGCCAAAGAAAAGCGACACAGGAGAAGGGAAUCUCCGGAGCGGGAACCCGAAGUUAAGGUAAAGCAGGAGAAACUGAGCCCUGGUAGGCCACAGAGAUCACGCCGCUCGAGGUCGAGAUCCACCGGCAACUCCAGUCCACAAAGGAGAAGAACCAGCGGGUCACCGGCCAGGACGAGGGACCGCUCACCGGGUAGAAGGGAGACCUCUCCCGGCAGACGGAGCAGCAGAUCUCCGAGAAACAGAAGGAGUCGUAGUCCUCAUCGUGGGGGUGACAACAAAAUAAAGCGGGAACGGGAUGAACAUAGGGCAGGCGGAGAUGAGCGGAGACGAAGAAAUGACCAACCAGAGGAAAGACGAAGCAGAUGGGAAACAGACAGGCCGAGGGAGAGAGACCGUGGCGGAGAGAGGCAUCGGGAACGCAAUGCACUUGCUUCCCAGCAAGCUGAGCGACAGCAGCAUGAUGAGCGCCGCAGGGAAAAUCGGCAGCGACGCGAAGAAAACCAAGACCAUGAUUUUGGACAGUCUGAAGGUGGGAGCGGCGACACAAAUGCUCCUCUUCCUGACAAAGAGAAGCCCAACUUUGAACUGUCAGGGGCACUCACAGAAGACACCAACACAUUCCGGGGAGUGGUGAUCAAGUACAACGAACCACCUGAGGCUCGCAUUCCAAAGCGGAGAUGGCGACUGUACCCUUUCAAGAAUGAUGAACCCCUUCCAGUCAUGUACAUUCAUAGACAGAGUGCCUAUUUGUUGGGGCGGCAGAGAAAAAUCGCUGAUAUCCCCAUUGACCACCCAUCCUGCUCCAAGCAACAUGCGGUAUUCCAGUAUAGAUUGGUGGCGUUUACACGGGCAGAUGGCACCACGGGCCGCAGGGUGAGGCCUUACAUUAUUGACCUUGGUUCUGGCAAUGGCACCUACCUGAACAACCAGCGUAUUGAGGCCCAGCGCUACUAUGAGCUCAAAGAAAAAGAUGUUCUCAAGUUUGGCUUCAGCAGCCGCGAGUACGUCCUCCUGCACGAGUUCUCAGACACAAGUGAGGUGGAUGCCAAGGAGGAAGAGGAAGACGAAGGCCUUGAUGAGUAACUCGAUCUCAAAUGUAAUGUUGGCGAAAUUCGUUCAGGUUGGAUAACAUCAUCAGUGUCAGCAAAACAAAUAGCUGUUUUUGCAGGGAAUGGAGCAAUAAAUCCAACAGGUAAAUAGGAGAUUUAAUUACAAAAAUGGAACAAGAUUGUUUUGUAGUGUAUAUUCUGUAAUUACUGAACUCUUGCUUAAACCUGCCAACUGUCUCAGAGCAGACUUCCUAUUCUCAGGUCGUUGUGUAACGUCUUUGUGAUGCAUGACUGAUCUUACAUCUGACAGUGCUCACAAUUGAUAAGUGCUCAGUACCAGACGACAGAUAUCCUGCUUAUCAACAGGUAAUUAUCUGUUUCCUGGUCACAGCAGAGUGCAAAACAUAGCUUCUCAUCUAUGUUCAUGCUGUAUAUGUAAGUGUGCAUUACGUCAGUGGAAUGUGAGCUCUAGAUUCAUGUUUAUUAAGCUUUGCUUACUGUCAGAGUAAACAUUACAGACGUAAAACUUUUGAGCAUAUUGCCUUUUUCUUUUGCUUUGUAGCGCAGAGAAUAUAUAAAAAUUGAUGCUGUUGUGUGUUUCUUUGCACCACUACAGUGUGUAUUUAAAGACUUCUCGUUUUAUUUUUAUUGUUCAGAAGCAUUCGUAGUAAAUUUCCAUUUUUGUACUGUAAAUAAAAAGAGCAGAAAAAAAUGA